CCGCAGCACCCGCAGUUUUUCUGCCUGCGUUCUCAGUUUGAGCUUUGCUUGCAUUAUCGUUGCACUGGGCGCGUUUCGUUUACCUACUCCAGCGAAAAAGCAUUCGUCGCGACGUGCAACGCGGCGGUGUCCCUUGUAUGGGAGCCGUUGCGUUCGUUCUUGUAUCGGUAUAAGGUGCCCACGCAAUACUUGCUCGCAUAAACGAACACGAAUUCGAUGUUGUACACCGCGAUGUUGUACAUAUGCAUGUACACGGUGCUAAACCGCGCAGACUCGCGGACGGAGUUAGAGUAGUGGUAUCAGCGCAGCUCGAAGCUCGAAGGGCCCUCCGCAGUGUGCCUUCCUCCUUUCGGGUUACUUUCUGUUACUUCGUACCGAAAAACAGACGCGUCGUAGAUAUCGAGCCGAGAGAGACCAGGAUGAAGUACUCUCCGCAGCAGCAGCAGAAGGAGAGAAAAUCAGAGAGUGAUUUGGGUUCGGUACAUGGAACGCCGGCCCGCGAGCUCCGCAAUUCCGCUCAGAUAUCGCAGCCGAAUUUAUCGAGUGGAUCCGCGGUUUCGAUGGGAGCAUCCUCAUCGUCUGGAUCAUCCGGCGUCUUCGCAUGGACAAGAGUCUUCCGGUUGGCUUCGAUGCUUCAUCAAAUUGGGUGCUAGUCGAGCUGCGAAGGAAUAUAAUCGAUAGGUGCAUAAUUCGUUCAUAGAUUAUAGAAAGAGAAAAUAUAUUAGAGCGUAAGGUAAUAUGAUACGCGUUGAUAGAACGCGAGAAAAAAAAAAACAAGGAGGAAGCAAAAGAGAAAUGAAAACCCUUCAUAGCCUGAUGGCACUCAUCGAUUACAUCGCUGGACCAUCUGAAUUCAUCGUGUACGUCGGUGAGGGCUAGAUAAAAUUAUCGAGUUACCGAAUCGGUCAUAGGUAAAUUAGGUAUCUUUAAGUUCCAGCUGCAAUCGGAAUCAGAUCGUUACAGGGCGCAAGUAAUUAUAUAGAAGUACGUAUACAUUGAGAGAAUUUGGGAACCGAGUGACGUCGACGAUAGUUUAAGGGAUGAUUUUUGUUCGCGUUGCUUCCUGGGAGUCUCGAAAAUCCUGGCAACUUAGAACGCUUAUAAAGUAAUGAGAAAUUAACUGACGAACAUAUCGGAACAGUGGAAUUUUACGAGGUAAAGCGAGGGCAGUUUUUCUCAUUCGUUAACAUUAUUUUUUUUGUCUCUGAUAAAUACAUGAGAUCGGCGCAUCGACGGGGUUGCGAAUCAGAAUCCGCACGUGCGAUUUUCCGAACAAUGCGGUCUCGUAAUCCUUCGGCAGCCGAGUUAAAUUUUAAUCGGUUCAUCCCACACGUUCGUUAUACACAUACGAUUGAAAAGCUGCGCACACGCGGCACUCUCGACGCUGUCAGUAUUCAUGAGAUUUUUAUAAAUGUUAUGCUCUAUUUCAUAUUCCCGCGAUGUGUGUAUCCCGCAGGCUGUUAUAAACACGUAUUCCCAUGUAUAUUUCAAUGAUCGAUCUGCUGCGCAGACGAGUCGAGAUCACCCUUAACUUCGUUAUACGAGCCUAUCUUGCAUCUCAUUUGUGCGAGAUUUUUUGCAUCAGGCUCUUACCUAGUCAGUAGUUGUAUUUUUUCGGGGGCUUUUUUUUUUUUUUUGGUAAAUUGAUGAAUCGUUUUUGUUAUGUAAUUCGGAGCGUUUCCUAUGAGAGCAUGCGCGCACUUGUAACGAGUCAAAUCGAUCAAUGCUGCGAGAUAGAAUUUCGCUCCAGGUCUUAAAAUUUUUAAUUUCAAUUCUGAGUUCAGUUUAUCGAACUUGGUUUAAAAAUAAUAUUAUUUUAGGGCAAUUUUAUCAAUUAUUAACGAUCUUACAAAAAUACAUUCCACCGAUAAAAGUGAUCAAAUAAUCAUAAUUUGCCUCGAAUUUUUCAAUUAAACGAGAUCUCGUCGAUUUAAUGCACGGAAUUAAAAAAAAAAUUACACCUGCGUAUUUUCAUCUGCUGUUCAAUGACACGGAUGUCGAUUAAUCAAAUUCGUUCUCCGAUUAGGCUUUUAUGGGUAUAAGCGGAACUCGAGUUUUUGUUACGAUUUAAAUCAAUCGAUAAAGUACUAUAGUUUUAAUUACGUGUACAUCAUUUAUUUUUUUUUUUCGUUUAAAACAAGCACGUUUAAUUGGUAAUUUUAUGAUCUUCCGACUCCCAGUCAAGUUAUGGAAAUAAGUUACAUGUGUAAUUGUGGGGAGGUAGAGGAGGAGUGAUAAUAAAAUGGACCGAAAGCUACCCAGUUUGUUCCACGUUAGACAAUAUUUAAUUAUUGUUGUAGACGAGAAGGAUAGAAGGAAAAUUUAAUGUUAUUAGAUUGUUAUUAUAUAAAAUUGUAUCAGAGUGAUUCUUUAUAGUUCCAAUUAAUCGACACCCCGAUAAUCUUCCUUUCGCCAUCAAUAUUAUAAUUAUUGUAUCCGUCAAACUACCAUACACGUAUGUCUCCGUACGAUAAAAUAACAGAAAAUGAGUGAAUAUAAAAAAGUGAAGAGUAAAAAGGGGAUGAAGGAGAGACGGGGAAAAGAGGAAAAAUAUAAUACAUACGUUAUUUUACAUUCUAUAAGCUUUACUAAUGUUAUAUCUCGUUAAUUAUCAUAUUCAUAUAUUUUACUAAUAUGUAAUAUCGAUUAUCGAUUAAUAAACUAUUUACUUAUCA